AUGGCUUUCUGGAAUUUGUUCCUAAUUUUCGUCCUUCAAGUGUUUUGCUAUGGUAGGCGAUUUGUGAAGGGAAAAUGGGGAAACUAUUUUCAAAACUAUCAGUCUGUCGGGAAAAUAAUAAUGUGGACUUGUCGCAGCAAAAUAGCUUGCUUGUCUAGCCGUAGUCACCACCAAAUUCUCACAGCUGUUGCAGGUCGUUGUCGAGCGAUCUCAAGACGCGACGGAUCCACAUUAUUUUCCCGACAGAUUUUAUAGACGGGCCAACAAACUGUCGGGAUAAUAUAGUCAUGAGCACAAUGUCGUAUCGAAAAUCACAUAGCUUGUGGCAUAAUCAAGUAAAAUGUCGCUCUUGUUGUGUCGAUGCGCCGAUCGCGUCGGUGAGCUGAAAAGCGUUUUGAUUUAGCGACAUAAUCCACUUUCUCGGCGGUGAUGCGAUCUUCGAUGCUACUAGUCCGUUCGUAAAGUCGCUGGAAUGAUUUCGGCGACAUGCACUGUGCAAGAAAACUCAGGAUGCGAGCGACAGCUCGAAAAAGCCUAUUGCACUGUGCAAAAAGCCAAAAAUUGUACAGUGCAAAGCGAACUUUCGGUUUCGUGGAGUGCAUGUCGCCGAAAACAUUCCAGCGACCUUACGAACGGACUAGUACUGUAUGCUAAUAAUUUUCCCGACGGACUGAUGAGAUCUAAAUAUUUUUGCCAGUCGCUGUGCCGAUCGCAUGACUGAACUAAAAAUCAACUUGCUUUUGUCGCGACACAAUUCAUUUUCUCGUGUCUAUGCAAUUUUCGAUGCGACAAAGUGCCCAUUAUUUUUCCGACAUACAGAAAAAUAAUUUUAAAAAAUCAUUUUUCGACGCUUACAAAGUCGACAGACAAACGGUCAUACCGCACUCUUUCAGGAUCCGCCAGAUCCGUGGCCCCGCUGCUCGCCUGUCAAAACGGUACUGCCGGCCGAAUGUCCGACUGCCCGAGAGAUUUCAAAUGCGUUUUCCCUGCCGGUGUGGAUCCCCAGACGGGGUUGUUCUAUGGUCUCUGUGAGCUGGAAGGUAUGUCAAAAUAUUUUUGUUUAUUGGCACAAAAAAUUGUCGUAAUGAGACAUGUUAUACAAAUUUUUGUUUGUCACAACACCCUAUUUUUACUUCCUCUAUUAACGUGUUAAAUCGCAAUGGAAACACCGAAUAUUUAGCCAGUUAAAAGUGGCAUUUGCAGCGUCGAUUUCCUGCCAAGCCGACGUUGAAUGCCCGUCGCCGGCUCGCUGUUCGAAUGGCCCCAAAGUUUGCAUAAUCUGA